CUACAAUGGUGGUUUCAGUAGAUGGUUUAAACUGGCUUUCUAAAAGGACAUGCUGGGGCAAAGGAAUUAAGAAAAGGUCACGCUGAGGGGAGCUGACCAGGUGACGGUAGAGGAAAACAGAUGAACAAUUUCAGGGAUGGAGAACUCCAUUUGUGGAUAUCUUCAGGUGAGAUGAUGAAGGCUGAGGAGGAGCGACAACGUUUCAUGUGCUUCUGCAUCCUGAAUAAAAGAGAAAACCCAGCUCUUAAAUCCUCGAGGAGCCCUGAUCACAGAUCAAGCUUGCUGAGAAGGUUUUCAUCCUCAUCUUCAUCUCCUCAACACGGUGUUCUUCUGAAGGAGGCUAUCCAGCAAUCAUUCAUUUUCCCAGUGCUUAUUUUUACAAACUUUGGAAAAAAGGACACUUGGUCAAAAUUUGUUUUAGAUAUGAGUGAUAUUUUCUCUUUUAUUAAAAACAUUUUGAAUGUAGUGAAACAACAGGACAUUAUAACAGUGGAAGCCAUUGAUAGACACAUCAUUUUCUGUGAUGACCGUCGUCCUGCAGAACUUUUCAGUGAAAUUUACUCCACACACCACUGGAGAACAUUUUUUGGACAUGGUAGUUAUUGCAUAGGUUAUAACAAGUCAGUUAUGAAGCACUCAGCUGUCCAAAUACCCUCCAUUUUAACCAUCAGCACCGACGAUGCUGACACAGAGAGUUUAAAUACAGGAGGUCUUGGAAACGAUCUGAAAUUCUCUCAAAACUACAACUAUUCAAAGGAGUCAUCAGGAAGAGGGAGGAAUGUAAAAAGGAAGAAGAGUGUGUCCUUUGAUGAAGAUGUAAUGGUCUACCUGUUUGAUAAGGAAAGUCCCACUAUGGAGCUGCAGUCAGAGCUUGAAACAUCUCCGCCAGGCAGCUCCACCUACAACCUGGAAGGUCUCACGCCAGACAACUCUGGAUUGGAGUGGGAAGAUGACUUCUCUGCUUUGGAGAAUUCCUGCCACAUUCAGUACCCCGUAAACUCUCGCAGGUUUCCCCUGCCUUCAGAGAGCUGGACUCCAGCGUCCAGGCCGGAGCGCUGCUCUCUGCCCCACACCUGCCUGUUCCUCACCUAUGUCACCGAGGCAGACCUUGAGCUGUGAGAUAAAGGCAGGGUCACAGGUGAGAUCCACGCCACCAGAGCUCAGCAGGAUGAAGUGCAAAGGGAAGGCUGUGACCCCCUCCAGAGAGACCUGGUCCGACCCGGAGCCGGGCUCCAGCGAGCAGGAGGGCUCCGAGGCCUCGGUGCGGAUCGGCGGCUCCCGGAGGGGCUCCCUGCGGAGCGGGGCCGGGCCGGGCAGGAGGCCGGGCGGAGCGGGCGGGGGCCGGCGGCGCAGGGGGCGCUCCUCCGGCACCAGGGAGCGCAGCGUCCGGCGGCUGGAGAGCAACGAGAGGGAGCGCCAGCGCAUGCACAAGCUCAACAACGCCUUCCAGGCGCUGCGUGAGGCCAUCCCACACGUGAAGACUGACAAGAAGCUGUCCAAGAUCGAGACUCUGACCCUGGCCAAGAACUACAUCAAAGCUUUGACCAGCAUCAUCCUGGACAUGUCAGGGGCCUGCCUGCCUGCAGGGGGGGUCCCCUCCGAGGCCAGCGCCGCCAGGCUCCUGCAGUGUUACCAGCAGCACCUGCAGGAGGAGGGCGAGGAGGGGCUGGCCCAGUACCUCACAGACCUGCACAGCCUCGGCCAGGACAGCUAACAGGGACUGGGAGGUGGGCUGGAGACCAGAACCACCUGAAGGAACCUGUGGAUGGAGAUACAAGUGGGGGGGACUGGUCUGGAACCUGUCUCCUGUGGGAACCUAUAAGCUUGAGGGUCUGGCUAGAACUCACCCCCCCCUCCUCUUGCAGACUAAAGGAUCUGAUGAUCACAAAGCAGAAAUCUUCAUAGAAACCAAGUGGACCAUAGUCAGGUGAAGUGAAAUAAGGAAAGAAGAGGUCAUCCUUUGCUAAGUUGCUUCUCAUUUCUCAUGUGCUCUGGUUUAAAGGCGCGCGAGGACCUUGUUCCCUUUCUGCGUUAUCUUGUGAUCUUGUGUGUUUUCUGUUGGGAAAGCCACCGAGCCGAGUCUCUAGUCAUAACCGUCACAUCAAGGAGGGAGAGAAAGAUGGGCAGCAGGCCUGAAUUAUUAAAAUGUUGCAAGAGAUUGCGUUUGCUACUGAUGACAAUCUACCAUUCACUUGAGACCACAUUUAACUUUUCUUCUUAUGAACCCCAACCCCAAGGUGUUUGGAGACCAUGCUAAUUUCUUCUUUGUGUGUUUCCACCCGCAAGAAAAAAAACAAAAAACACCGACACAUCCAGACAAGAGAAUCUCUUUGCAGUUAUCAAUAAACAAAUAUAUUUAUUGACACAGACUGUUUCUUUGAUGUAUACGUGUGUGAUCAUGUACCCAGUUACGCAUGGCCAUCACAGUAACGGUGUGAUCUUCAUGACUCAGAUACUACACGCAUGAUGUCUGUACACGAGCAACUUUUUCAAACUUUCCUGCAGAUUUGAGACAGUAAUUCGUUAUACAGCUGCACUUUUAAUAAACUAAAUGUCUGAAAUGGUCCAA